CCUGCCUGUUGCACCUGGUUCCUGGAGCAUCUUUCGGCGCAGGAAAGCAACCAGCCAGCCGGCAGCCUGUCUUUUCCCAAGCAAGCACAAAGUUUUGCUGCUACUUCUUACCUGCCCAAGUCACCAAAUUCAGGAUGAAGAUUCUCCAGCAGAGCCUGUUUGGCCACCCGCAAGGGACUCUCGCCGUUGCGAUCAUGGUGGGAAACCUGGCCUUUGUGAUCUCCCAGGUGAACGCUGCAAGGGACCUGGAGAACGUCCAGACUUCCAACAGCCUCGAGGAAGGCGUGGACGUUACUGCAUACUGGUGGGGCGAGUGGACCAAAUGGACAGCCUGUACCAGGACGUGUGGGGGAGGAGUCAAGUCCCAAGAGAGGCAUUGCCUUCGGCAGAGAAGGAAGUCAGUGAUAGGGCUUGCUAACAAAACAUGCACUGGAACAUCCAAAAGGUACCAGCUGUGCAAAGUACAACAGUGCCCUCCAAACGGAAGGAGCUUCCGAGAAGAGCAGUGCUCAUCCUUCAACUCCCACGUGUAUAACGGGCGGACGUAUCAAUGGAAACCUUUAUAUCCUGAUGACUAUGUUCACAUCUCCAGCAAGCCCUGCGACCUGCACUGCACGACGGUCGAUGGUCAAAGGCAACUCAUGGUCCUGGCCCGGGAUGGGACGUCUUGUAAAUACUCCGACUUCCGAGGGGUUUGCGUGUCUGGAAAAUGUGAGCCCAUUGGGUGUGAUGGAAUUCUGUUCUCCACCCACACAUUGGACAAAUGUGGUGUCUGCCAAGGGAACGGGAGCAGCUGUACCCAUGUGACCGGGAGUUACAGAAAGGGGAAUUCUCAUCUUGGCUAUUCUCUGGUGACUCAUAUUCCCGCCGGAGCAAGAGAUAUCCAAAUAGUGGAACGGAAAAAAUCAGCGGAUGUGUUGGCUGUUGCCGAUGAAGCUGGCUAUUAUUUCUUUAAUGGGAAUUACAAAGUCGACAGUCCCAAGAACUUCAACAUCGCAGGCACUGUCUUCAAAUACAGGAGGCCGAUGGACAUCUAUGAGACGGGCAUAGAAUACAUCGUUGCACAAGGGCCAACCAACCAGGGCCUAAACAUCAUGGUCUGGAACCAAAACGGCAAAAACCCCUCCAUAACAUAUGAAUAUACCCUCCUAAAGAGGCCGCAUUCAAAAAACAUCCAGCCUGUUUAUUAUACCUUUUCGGAAUCGGACAGCGAAGAAAGCCCUGAGUUUGAGGGAGAAGAGCCUUUAGGAUUUAAUCGGCACAACGCAAGUUUCUUUGGGAUGCUCUCCAAAGAAAAGGUCCAUUUAGAAAAUCAGGUUUUGGAAAGGCAAGACUCGACAGAAGUCCUAGACUUGGACAAAAUCCAGGAGACCAACGAAGUCUGUGAACAGACAGAAGCCAACGCUUGUGCUCCAGUGCUGAAGAGCAAGCAGCCCAAAGAUUCAAACACCACCAAAUCCAGUUACAUGGCAGAAAGGGGUGGAAGGGAAUUUGAUGUUCAGUUUGCUUCCAAAGAAUUCCUUUCGGAAAAUGCGAUAACUCACAAGCUUCUGGACAAAACAUCAGACUCAAAAGAGCUUGCCCGGAACAAGACCGUGAACAACAUCUUUUCCCCCAGGGACCCUGCUAACUCGGUUGCAUCUCGCUUAGACAGCCUUUAUGAUGACAGUUAUGAUGACAAUGAAGAGGUCGCGUCCUAUCCUGUCAAUGGCACAGUUUUGGAACUCAGCAGCGACAAAACCAUCAAUACAUCUUCCGAGACGCAGUUUUCCACCAAUGCAACCAUUUCUGCUGCCAGUCCUCAUGGGAACAGAACCCACAAAGCCAGGAACCGGCUGAAGUUGUUUAGAAAGGGUCAGAAUAUGAGUCCUGCGGACAUGUACCGGUGGAAGCUGUCUUCCCAUGAGCCCUGCAGCUCUACCUGCACCACAGGUGUGAUGUCCACCUAUGCCAUGUGUGUCCGCUAUGAUGGGAUCGAGGUGGAUGAUAUGUACUGUGAUGCAAUGACCCGGCCUGAGCCAGUCCAUGAAUUCUGUGCAGGAAGAGAAUGCCAACCAAGGUGGGAGACCAGCAGCUGGAGCGAAUGCUCGCGGACCUGUGGAGAAGGAUAUCAGUUUCGCAUUGUCCGAUGCUGGAAAAUGAUCUCGCCCGGCUUCGACAGCUCAGUCUACAGUGACCUUUGUGAAUCUGCAGACAUUGUACGGCCAGAAGAGAGGAAGGUUUGCAAAAACCCUGCCUGUGGUCCACAAUGGGAAAUGUCUGAGUGGUCAGAGUGCACGGCCAGGUGUGGCGAAAGGAGCGUGGUGACCAGAGACAUCCGGUGUUCUGAAGAAGAGAGGCUGUGUGAGGCCAACCCAAGACCACCGGCUGAGAAGAACUGCAGUGGGGCCCCCUGUGACCGGCAGUGGACUGUUUCCGACUGGGGACCUUGCAGUGGAGGCUGUGGGCAGGGGAGAAUGAUCCGACAUGUCUAUUGCAAAACCAGCGAUGGGCGUGUGGUGCCGGAAUCUCAGUGUAAUGUGGAGACCAAGCCACUGGCCAUACAUCCCUGUGGGGACAGGAAUUGUCCUGUGCACUGGCUGGCCCAGGACUGGGAAAGGUGUAACACCACGUGCGGCCGAGGGGUGAAGAAACGGAUCGUGCUUUGCCUGGAGAUUGUCACUGGGAAAAUCAAAACCCGCAACCCGACUGAAUGUGACGUCACCAAGAAACCCUCAGAGGAAACGACUUGCUUUGAGCGCCCCUGCUUCAAGUGGUACACGACCCCUUGGUCUGAGUGUACAAAAACAUGCGGCAUCGGCGUACGGAUGCGAGAUGUCAAGUGCUACCAAGGGAGAGAUCUGGUUCGGGGCUGCGACCCUCUCGUAAAACCUGUUGGCAAACAGACUUGUGAUCUUCAGCCCUGCCCCACUGAACCCCCAGAUGACAGCUGCCAAGACCAAGCCGGAACCAACUGUGCGCUGGCCAUCAAGGUGAAUCUGUGCAGCCACUGGUACUACAGCAAAGCCUGCUGCAGAUCCUGCCGAGCCCCCCAUUCCUAGUAGGGGGCAGAAGGAGAGCGAGACCCCUGGGUUCUGUAGAGCAGCGGGAGGAUGCUGGAGCAACUGUGAGCCCCUCCUGCCGGCUCGCCACACCACUGACAGCCAGGACCAGGAAGCCUGGAAAUUGGAGACGUCUCUUCCACCUUCUUCCUCUCUUUCUGUCUCUUUCACGCUUAGCAUGAAAGAAGGGGCCCCUCUCUUUGCCUUUCAGCACAAACUUUGGUACUACUGCCCCUCAGCCCCACCUGCUUAUAAAGAAGCUGCGUACCUGGGGCCACGAAUAUGGAUCCCGUUCUUCUCCCGGGGGCUUUGAACGUCUUUUUUUGCUGCCAUUUUCUGCUAGCUUAGCAAGAUUUGAUCUGGAUGGGUCUUUCCAUUUGUGCUGGUCCCCAGAAAGGCCAGAGCCAUUCCGAGCAUCCGUGCCCACUUCCCGCCUCUCUGGUUGGCCCCCAGAGCCUCUCUGAGGAGACCCUCUUGCGUAAAUUGAAGAUUUACGUCUGGACUUGCUGAAGAAGUUUUAAUAGUUGAGUGAGAACGUGUCAUAUUUGAUAGGAAGCCUCGCUGUUUUCAGGUUUUUUUUCCCCAACCGGCAGGGCAAACCUCCCAGACUUACAGUUUGUACGGCAGGUCUGUAUUCUAUCAAGUCAAACGCUCGGCUGGCCAUCCAUCUUGCUCCUGACCCCCUACAUUAGGCAAACUGCCCGGUUAAAAACAACCAACCUAGGGUGACAGAUAUAGUUUCGUCCAUGUAUACACUCCUGCUUUGCUUUAUUAAACUUUUAAAAAUAUUUUAGGGAGAGUCACAAAAAUGAUUUAAGAACUGUGUAGGUGGUGGUGAGGGGGGGAACGUGUUUUGGUGACAUCAGGGGCCAAUAUGUGCCGUUCACAGCUGGUGUUUUGCUGCAAACAUACAGAACCAGAUCUUUUUUGGAAUGCAGUCCUGGAGAGGGAAAAGUACUUUUGGACUGAAGGAAUGAGGGCACUUCAGGCUGUUCUGUGAAUGUUUUGUCUUCCUUCAGCUUUUGACUUCCAUCUUCUUGCUGGCUGUUUCUUCCCUAUCCAGGCAUAUUUAUCUUUUCCCCCUUUCCUUUCCUUUCCUUUCUUUUCCUUUCUUUCUUUUUUGCAGAAAUGAUGAGCUGAAAUGAAUGCUGCCCAGGCAGCCAAGCCAGAGCCCACUAGAUGUAAGAUGUGUCCUUUUCCACAGGAUUGUAUUUUGUAAUCCAACUCCGGGCCUGUAGUCCUUAAUUAAAAUGACAUAAUGCCAACAUAUUGUAUAGACUAAGGAAACCAUAACAGCACUUUAUAUCACAAAAAGAGACACGUGCUCUUUUUUAAUAUAUUUGUUUACAAAUGGUGAACUUUAUCCUGUAACCAUAGAAUUGUACCCAUAUGUACAUUUUAAAUAAAUUUUGUUGUAUUUAUGGUG